AUGGCUAAAAGCACCAUCCGUGAUCCUCACUCUCCUCUUCACAUGUAUCAUCAGCCAGGAGACUUCAUUAUUGGUGGCAUUGUUAGUUAUGGUGGUUUUGUCUCAAGUCCGACAUCCUUCACUGAAGACCCCCCACCAGACUUGCUUGAAGAACUUGUCAUAUUGCCAAAGAAUUACCAGCAUCUCCUGGCCUUUGCAUUUGCAGUAAAAGAGAUCAAUGAAAACCCUCACAUAUUGCCCAAUCUAACUCUUGGAUUCCACAUCUAUGACAGCUAUCUCGAUGCAAGGAGAACUUAUCAUGCAACCAUGUUACUUCUGUCAUUACUGGAGAGAUUGGUCCCCAACUACAUUUGUGACAUUCAGAAUAACCUAACUGCAGUUAUUGGGGGAUUAGACUCUGAAAUUUCUCUUCACAUAGCAAAUAUCUUGGAUAGCUAUAAGGUUCCACAGCUAAUAUAUGGCACUGCUCCAGUCAUGAAUGAUAAGACUCCAGGACUUCCCUUCUACCAGACGGUUCCUCAGGAAGCCCUUCAGAAUGAGGGGCUUCUCUCCUUGCUCCUGCAUUUCAGGUGGACGUGGAUUGGACUUGCUUUUAUGGAUACUGACAAUGGAGAAAGAUUUCUGCAAGCUGUAUUGGCCAUGUUUCCUGACAGUGGUGUUUGUUUUUCAUUCAUAGAAAGAAUCCCCAAAUUUAGUUAUGUCACUGAAGUUUAUGGCAUGUUCGAACAUGGAACAAAAUUACAUGUUAAACUGUUAGACACAAAAGCCAACGUAAUGGUGGUCCAUGCAGAAUCAUAUUCUUUUGCUAUUUUUAGAUGGUUGCCAUAUUUAUCAGAACUGGAGAACCAGGCAAGCAAACUUAAAGGCAAAGUAUGGAUAAUGACAGCCCAGAUGGAGAUCAGUUCAUAUACCUACCAAAGGAACUGGGAUACAGAAAUAUUCCAUGGAAUUCUCUCUUUCAGGAUUCACUCCAAUGACUUACCAGGUUUCAAGUCAUUUGAGGAGAGCAGAAAUCCGUUCUGCACAAAAGGAGAUGGUUUUAUCAGGGACUUUUGGCAACGAACAUUUGACUGUAAAUUCCCAGAUACAGUAGGGGAUGACAUGGACAGUCAGUUUUGCACUGGGAGAGAAAAGUUGGAGAGCCUCCCUGGGACUUUUUUUGAAAUGAGCAUGACGGGCCAAAGCUACAGCAUUUACAAUGCAGUCUAUGCUGUAGCCCAUGCUCUACAUGCCAUGUCCUCAUCUAAACACAGUCACAGAACAAUGAUGGAUACUAAAAGAAAUAAGCUUCAGCGGUGGAAGCUCCAUCAAUUUCUUAGAGGAGUCUCAUUUAACAACAGUGCUCAGAAUGAGGUUUUCUUCAAUGAGAAUGGGGAGAUAGUAGCUGCACUGGAUAUUAUCAACUUGAAACUUUUCUCCAAUGAUUCCUUUCUCCGUGUGGAAGUUGGGAGCAUGGAUCCUCAGGCUUCUCCAGACAGUGCAUUCAUCAUCAAUGAGGAUGCCAUUACAUGGCACAGCUGGUUUAACAAGACACGGCCACUUUCUGUAUGUACUGAGAGUUGCCAUCCUGGUUCUAGCAAGCAGGUGAAGGAGGGGGAGCCACACUGCUGCUAUGACUGUAUCCCAUGUCCAGAAGGGAAGAUUUCAAACCAGGAAGAUAUGGGUGACUGUAACACAUGCUCAGCCAAAGACUAUCCAAGUAAGAAUCGGGAUUACUGUAUUCCCAAGAUGGAAACCUUCUUGUCUUAUGAAGAACCUCUGGGGCUCAGUUUAGCCGUCUUUGCUCUUUCCUUUUCUUUGAUCACAGCUGUGGUGCUGGGAACAUUUAUGAAGCACCACAAGACUCCUAUAGUCAAAGCCAAUAACCAGGACCUUUCCUACACUCUCCUCAUUUCCCUCCUGCUUUGCUUCCUUUGCACAUUGCUAUUCAUUGGUCAACCUCAGAAGAUGACUUGCCUCCUCCGACAAACGACCUUUGCCUUCAUCUUCUCAGUGGCUGUAUCUUCUGUUCUAGCUAAAACCAUCAUGGUAGUUCUGUCUUUCAUGGCCACCAAACCAGGAUCCAGAAUGAGGAAGUGGUUGGGGAAGGAGCAGGCCAUCUCCAUUGUUCUUUCCUGCUCCCUUAUCCAAUCAGGGAUCUGCAUUGUGUGGCUGGGAAUGUCUCCUCCAUUUCCCGAUGUUGACAUGCACUCAGUGGCUGAAAAAAUUGUACUGGAAUGUAAUGAAGGCUCUGUGACUAUGUUUUACUGUGCCUUGAGCUACAUGGGCUUCUUGGCAAUUAUCAGUUUCACUGUAGCCUUCCUUUCCAGGAAGUUACCUGGUAGUUUCAAUGAGGCCAAGUUCAUCACUUUUAGCAUGUUGGUCUUUUGCAGUGUUUGGUUGUCUUUUGUUCCAUCCUACUUAAGCACCAAAGGAAAAUACAUGGUGGCUGUGGAGAUCUUCUCUAUCUUAGCCUCCAGUGCUGGAUUGUUGGGUUGCAUCUUUUUCCCCAAAUGUUACAUUAUUGUGUUGAGGCCUGAGCUGAACAACAGGGAACAGCUAACACGGAAAUGUUAA